AUGCAUUGUUUAUGGUCAGCCGUCAUGCUAUUAAUGCGGAGGGUUAACAACGCCGAUCAUUUCACAAUCAUGGGAAAAAAAGAUUUUAGACAAAAUAAAUCCGGAAGAAAAAAAUUUAAUGAAAAAACCGCAAAAGGAAAAAGAGGUGGUAUAAAUGAUGACGAUACAAGAUAUCAAGGAUAUAUUAAUAAUAGUGAAAUGAGUAAUGAAGACAUUUUGAAAUUUGAAGAGGUUGAUAAUAACAUUCCCAUAAAACUUGGAAUGUGGGAUUUUGAUCAUUGUGAUCCAAAGAGAUGCUCUGGUAAAAAACUUGCUAGAUUAGGAAUGAUAAAAAAUUUCAGAAUCAAUCAAAUGUUUAAUGGCAUAACUUUAAGUCCACAAGGCCAAAGGGCAGUUUCCCCUGCUGAUAAAGAUAUCAUAAAAGACUUUGGUAUAGCAGUGAUAGAAUGUUCUUGGGCAAAGCUGGAUGAUGUGCCUUUUACCAAGUUAAAAGCAAAUCACAAUAGAUUACUUCCAUAUUUAGUUGCAACUAAUCCUGUUAAUUAUGAUUCUACUGAAGUUGUAAAAGUUCAAUGCGAAUGGUUGGAACAAAUUGAACAAGAAUAUAACGAUUCACGUAAAAGUAUACAUUUAUAUUCUUUACAUAUCAUUAUAUUGAUACACAUUUUUUGA